CGGAGGCGCGAUGGUGCGCAAGCUGAAGUUCCACGAGCAGAAGCUGCUCAAGAAGCUCGACCUGGUGAACUGGGAGGCGGCCUCGGGCAACCUGGCCGAGCUGCGCGUCCUGCGGCGCUACCGCCUGCAGCGCCGGGAGGACUACACGCGCUACAACCAGCUGAGCCGGGCGGUGCGGGAGCUGGCCCGCCGCCUGCGGGACCUGGGCGAGGCCCCCGAGUCGGCCGCCUUCCGGGCGCGCUGCACGGCCGCCCUGCUGGAGAAGCUGCACGGCCUGGGGCUGGUGGGCUCCCGGCGCUCGCUGGAGCAGUGCGAGCGCGUCUCGGCCUCCUCCUUCUGCCGCCGCCGCCUGCCCUCGCUCCUCCUCAAGCUCCGCAUGGCCCAGCACAUGAAGGCCGCCGUCGCCUUCGUGGAGCAGGGCCACGUGCGGGUGGGGCCCCAGGUGGUCACCGACCCGGCCUUCCUGGUCACCCGCGCCAUGGAGGACUUCGUCACCUGGACCGACGCCUCCCGCAUCCGCCAGCACGUGCUCGACUACAACCAGGAGCGCGACGACUUCGACCUGGCCUGCUGA